GUUAGUCGCGGCAAAAAUGGCGACACUAAAGAUUAACGGACAUGAUUUUAUCACCAUAUAUGAUAAUAAUUUUCUUUUCCUUCAUUUUCUCUUUUGAAUUUGAUUUCAUAUAAUACACAUAUCAAUGGAAGAGUAACAGAAACUGUAUAAAUAUAGCAGAGAUUCCAAUCAUCCUCAUGCUUGUUUCUAGCUCUCUCUCUCUUUCUCUGUGUUCAAGAAUAGCCAAAUCCUAAAGAUAUACCAUUCUCAGAGACCUCCAUUCAUCUCUAUCUCUUCUUCUCUCUGUAUAUUUAUCUGGGUCUUUUUUCUUUUUCUCUCUUGGCUAGUCUGUUUGAACUAUGAAGAGAUUGGGAUUCUGAGGGUUCUUUGUUUCGGGGUAUUUGAUAUUUACUUUAUUUCAUUGAAAGAGCUCUCUUUCUUUGAUAUAAGUGUAAAGUAUCAAACACCCAGAAAUUUUAGCUAAUGGCAAUGGAAGCUACGGUGGUAGAAGAGGAAGAGAACUCUGUUUUUGUAGCUACAAAAGAAGAGGUUAUGGUGGUUGAUUUUUGUUUCCAUCACUCAAAUGAUAUUUUUUGUGUUUGUUUGUUUACAGAAGAAGAAACCCUAGAAUUCCCAGAAAUGGAAUCACAGAAUGACGAGAAAAAGAGGGAUUUCAUCCUUGAUGAACCCUCCCCAAGAUGUGUAUUGGAGCUUCCUAUGUUAAGUCCGUGCUCAGAUAGCGGCUGCAGCAGCAGCGCAAAUUCUACCGAGAAAUUAGCCCAGGGAAGUGAGGCAAAUUUGCCACAAUGGAAGAACAUGAUUGAUACGUUUAAGAAGAAAUCGGUGAGGAGAUUUUCAGUGAUCCCAUUGCUCCAAACCUAUGAUAUUAUUGCUAAGAGGAAUUUGAAAAGGAAAUUAACUAAAAUGCAAAAUUCCCCUAAUCUGAUGAUUGAUUGGGGAGGCAUGGCGAUUCCCAAACCAUCCUGGAGAAAUUUUGAUUAUAAAGAACUUGAGGCUGCAACUGAUAAUUUUAGCUCUGAGAAUAUGAUUGGGAAGGGUGGUCAUGCAAAAGUAUAUAAGGGGCGUUUACCGGACGGUCAAGUUGUAGCUGUGAAGAAGAUAGUCAAGUCUGACAAGAAAGAAGAGAAUAAAAUUGGCGAUUUCUUAUCAGAGCUUGGCAUUAUUGCACACAUAAACCACCCCAAUGCUGCUAAAUUGCUUGGUUUCAGUGUAGAUGGUGAUUUGCAUCUUGUCCUCGAAUAUCUACCACAUGGCAGCCUUGCCUCUGUUCUUCAUGGGGAAGAAGAAUGUCUAGAUUGGAAGAGAAGGUUCAAGGCAAGUAUAGGAAUAGCAGAAGGAUUGCAGUAUCUUCAUCACGAAUGCCCAAGACGCGUUAUCCAUAGAGACAUCAAAGCCUCUAACAUAUUGCUUGGUGAAGAUUAUGAAGCUCAGAUUUCUGAUUUUGGAUUGGCAAAGUGGCUUCCAGAAAAUUGGGUUCAGCAUGUUGUAUUUCCCAUUGAGGGCACAUUUGGAUAUCUGGCUCCAGAGGCUUUUAUGCACGGGAUAGUUGAUGAGAAGACUGAUGUAUUUGCUUAUGGGGUUCUAUUACUAGAGAUAAUAACAGGUCGUUAUGCAGUUGAUUCGAGUAGACAAAGCCUUGCGAUGUGGGCAAAACCACUGUUGCAGGAAAACAACGCUACGGAAUUAGUCGAUCCCCGAUUAGGAGACGAUUAUGAUCCUAACGAAAUGGAACGUGCAAUGUUUACAGCUCUAAUGUGCAUUAACCACUUACCAUCUACGCGCCCAUACAUGAAUCAGGUAGUGCAUCUACUGAAGGGUGAAGAAGAAGCAUCUAUGGAGUUGGAACAAAAGACUAAUGCAGGAAGAGCUGUGGUUUUGGAUGGCUGUUAUGUACAAGAUCAUACAUGCAGCAGUUACCUGGACGACAUGAAUCGUCAUAUGCAACUUGUGAUGGAGUAGUGUUUUGUUGUUUGAUUCACUUAGGAAGGGCUGUUGCUGUUUCUGCUGCUUUAGUUUUCCACUUUGUGUUUAUUGGGAUUAAAAGGAAAUGUUUAAAAAUGUCAUUUUCUAUGUGAGUGGAGGAAUCAACAGUUUUCUCCUUGUACAAGAUUUUCUCCCCAAGGGUUCUUUGACAUGAAAUCAUAUUUAAGUGUAAAGUAGAGCAA